AUGGCGACAGCAAAUGGCGUCGACAAGGACGCGCCACCCGAGAGCGCGAGCUCCCCGACUCCCUCGAGGGAGCUCUACCCUAUGAGCAACUGGAAGUACGACAGCGUUCUAUGGGUCAUGUCCAUAUUUGCGGACCUCUUCUUCCGAGAAGUUCAUCCGAGAGGUUCCUGGAAAGUCCCAAGACACGGGCCGGUCCUGUUCGUCGCGGCUCCCCACAACAAUCAGUUUGUCGAUGCCUUGGUCCUCCAGAAGACAUUACGUAGCGAGGCGAAGCGCCGUGUCUCCCUCCUCAUCGCCCAAAAAUCCGUCCACGGCUUCAUCGGAUGGGCCUCUCGACAGGUCGGCGCCGUUCCUGUGGGCCGCGCGCAAGAUGCCGCGAAGCCUAAGGCUGGACUUAUAUACAUGCCAUAUCCUAUCGACGACCCGUACUUGAUCCGAGGCGUUGGUACUAAGUUCGAUAAGGAUGCCGAAGUGGGCGGCAUGAUCUUCCUGCCUUCGAUCAAGGGACACAAUGGAACGAGCGUCGAUAUCGCCGAGGUUAUUAGCGCUACGGAAAUCCGUGUGAAGCGUGCCUUCAAGGGUAAGGUGCCCAUGAUGCAGCUGACGGGCCGUGAUGAUGUGGACGAGGACGGAAACUUCACAAACAAAAGUCAGAAGGGACCUAAAGACGGCUAUGAGGGAUCCAAGUACAAGUUGGCUCCACACAUUGACCAGUCCAAGGUGUAUGAAGCCGUUUUUGACAGGCUGAGGACUGGAGGAUGUGUGGGCAUCUUCCCCGAGGGUGGUAGCCAUGACCGCACAGGCCUUCUUCCUCUGAAAGCAGGUGUGGCCAUUAUGGCUCUGGGAGCUUUGGCCGAUUCCCCAGAUAUUGGCUUGAAGAUUGUCCCAGUUGGCAUGAAUUAUUUCCACGCUCACAAAUUCAGGUCGAGGGCUGUCGUCGAGUUUGGUCAACCCAUAGAAGUGGCCCCGGAACUUGUCGACAUGUACAAGAACGGCAAAAGGAGAGACGCUAUCGGCCAGUUACUGGACACCGUUUAUCAGGCACUGGCUGCCGUUACAGUGUCGACUCCCGAUUACGACACCCUCAUGCUGAUACAAGCAGCCAGGAGACUUUACAACCCGACCGGAAAGAAACUGCCGUUGCCUUUCGUCGUCGAACUUAACAGGAGGCUUGCCCUUGGCUAUGAGAAGUACAAGGAUGACCAGCGUAUCGUCCACCUGUCGGAAUCGGUCAAGGACUACAACAGGCAGCUGCGCUAUCUCAACAUCCGGGACCAUCAAGUACAAUACGCCAAACUGUCUUUCCCCAAAGUCAUCCUUACUUUCUUCUAUCGUGUAACCAAACUUCUAGUGCUUUUCGUGGCAACUCUGCCCGGAUUGGCCUUGUUCUCGCCCGUCUUUGUUGCUACCAAACUGAUCAGCAUACGCAAGGCAAAGGAGGCGCUGGCUGGGUCAUCCGUCAAGAUUCAGGGGAGAGACGUCAUGGCAACCUGGAAGAUCCUCUCAUCCAUGGUAUUUGCGCCGCUCCUGUAUAAUUUCUACAUCUGCGUCUUCGUCUGGCUGGUCUAUACGAAUCGUCUUUGGGGUUACUGGGACUAUGUUCCUCAGUGGUUCCCACUUUGGACAGCGUUCCCCAUCGGCUGGAUCCUUUUCCCGGCAAUCACCUUUGCUGCGCUGCGAUUCGGAGAGAUUGGCAUGGACAUCUUCAAGUCUCUGCGACCACUAGUCAUGUGCAUCAACCCUUCCUCCAGUUACAACAUCCAGAACUUGCGAGUCAGAAGAUCGGAGUUGAGCCACCAGGUCACCGAGGUUAUUAACGAACUCGGACCUGAGAUGUUCCCUGACUUCGAGAAGACCAGGCUUGUCUCUGAUCCACUGAGGGAUGACAGCGGACCAGCUUCGCCUACCCGCGAGAGCCUCCGAAGGCGCGACAGCGAUAUGUCCAGCACUGGCUUCGAUGUGGAGAGUCCUCCCAGAGGCGUUACCAGACGCGAUACCACGGCCUCCAGUCGGGGCAUCCCAAAAAACGAGUCGUUCAGCAACAUUGGCAAGGUCAACAUCUUCUCUACGCGUCCGCCCUCGCGGUCUAGGAGCCGGAGCAGCAGUAGCGGGGGUCUUUUUGGGUCGAGCGGGUUCCCUAUCAGUGGAUUCACGACCUUGGACUCUAAGGAGAAUCUUGAAGAGGUCAGUAGGAAGAUCCGCGAGGAGAUGCGUGAGCGGGGAGAAAUGCGCCGGCGUCAGAGCCAGGGGAAGAAGGCGUUUGAGCUGCAGGACGAAGACGAGAGUGGCGAUGAGGACGGGGCGUACGUUGAAGCUAGGAAGAAGAAUGCGUGA